AUGUCGGACGACGGUCAGGAGCUUGUCACCAAGCCUUUCAAGUUUGUCACUGGCACUGACGCCCGUUUCCCCAACCAGAACCAGACCAAGCACUGCUGGCAAAACUACGUCGAUUACCACAAGUGCAUUCUCGCCAAGGGUGAGGACUUUGCGCCUUGCCGCCAGUUCUGGCUGUCUUACCGAUCUCUCUGCCCCUCCGGCUGGUAUCAGCGCUGGGACGAGCAGCGCGAGGCCGGAAACUUCCCCGUCAAGCUCGACGCCUAA